AUGGUUCCAAUUCGAAUUCCUCCUGCAGCUCCUGCACAGACACGGAACAUCAGACGUAUCAAUAUGGACCUGUUUCGGCAAGAUAUCCAGUGUGCUAACCUGUGCUCCAUGAAGGGAACCUGUACCGAAAUGUGGACCCAGUGGCACGAGUGUCUCAUGUCACUCGUAGAUCAACAUGCACCACUCCGGCCUCGGAAGCACCGUGCCCACAAUGUCGCACCAUGGUAUACCCCGGAGCUCGCAGCGCUUGUACGCAGGCGCAACAAACUGCAUCGUAAGUGGCUGAGAACCAGACUUGAUGUGGACUACCGCAGCUUCCAGCAGAGCAGACGGGAGGUUACCCGCACUAGCCGAGCACUGAAGGAACAGCAUUACAAUGAAGCAUUUGUGAACGCUACAGGGAACCCAAGGCAGACUUGGCGUGUAUUGAAUCAGCUGAGCGGACGGCAGCCAGUCCACACUCUUCCCAAAUGCUCCCCGGAUGACAUUGGUAAUGUGUUUGCAGGCAUUGUCAAUGAUCCUCAACGUCCCCCAGCCUUGACUCUACCUCAAGGCCCCAUGUCUCCGAACAGCCUUUCAAUCUUUAAGCCUGUUACCGUUGCCCGUGUGCGUAAGCUCCUAUCGUCAAUAGCCAUGACAAAAGCUACUGGCAGUGAUGGCUUGCCCGGAACGAUUCUUAAAUCAUGCGCUGACCUUCUUGCACCCUCACUGAUGCUCAUCUUCAACAAAUCAUUGUCCGAAGGCCAGCAACCACCGAACAUGAAAAUCGCCAACAUCACUCCCGUCUACAAAGGUGGUGACCCCAGUCAACCCACCAACUAUAGACCUGUCUCUUUGCUCCCUAUAGUCUCCAAGCUGCUUGAGCGUAUCGUCCAUGAGCAACUCAGUCAAUACCUGGCUGAACAUAAUCUUUACCCGUCCUGUCAAUUUGGCUUCAGACGCCAGCACUCUACAGAGGAUGCUCUCACAAUGGUUACAGACAAAUUCCUAAGAGCCCGAGAUGACGGGCUGUCAACUGGCGCUGCUUUCCUGGACAUGUCAAAGGCCUUUGACAAGGUCCAGCAUCAGACACUUGUCGAAGACCUAUUCCAGCUUGGAAUCUCCGGCACAGCCCUGAACUGGUUAAGCGACUACCUCUCAAAUCGUCAACAACAAGUCGUCAUCAGCGGCGAUAGUAGCUCAUCUUUCACGUGCUCAAGUGGGGUUCCCCAAGGGUCUGUACUGGGACCACUAUUGUUUGUCAUAUAUGUCAGGGAUGUGGCCAGUGAAGUGGAUCAGUUUGCCGUCCAGGUAACCCAAUUCGCGGACGACAUCAUGCUACACGAUAGCAGGAAGGACAAGGUAGUGCUGUCACACAACCUGUCUUCAGCCAUCACCCAUCUCAGCAACUGGCUUGGUAUUAGCUGUCUACAACUCGAUUCACUUGCCAAUGGUAAAUCCAGAUCUUCAGGUGUGAGAUACCAGGAUACAGUAACUUAUGAAUGUAAUACAGGAUAUUUCAUGGUGGGUCAUCCAACUGGUACUCUGACAGCAACGUGUAUGGCAACCAAGACAUGGUCUCAGCCUAAACCCGAGUGUCAACGGAUAAUUUGUGAAGAUCCUGGUCAACCUACUAAUGGUCGAUAUGCACACAGAGGAUUUGAGUUUGGAAAGACUGUAAGAUACACUUGUAACAGAGGUUAUGAGAUGCCACAAGGUACACUCACAGUGACAUGUAUAGGAACUGGACAAUGGUCUCAAGCCAAGCCUACAUGCCAACCCCGACAAUGUCCCGCUCCAGGAAAACCUGAUUCCGGACAAUAUCGUGUAGCACGGCAAGGGCAAUAUGUCUCGAGACCUUUCCAAUUUGGUGACACUGUUUUAUGGUUUUGCAAUAAAGGAUUCACAGGAAAUACCCGUGCUGUAUGCCAGGCAGAUGGUAGAUGGAGCAAGAACACACCAACCUGUACACGUAUACGUUGCCAAGACCAAGGGCAGCUUGCCAAUGGAGAUAGCACAUCGACAGGCCAACAAUUUGGUAGUACAGUAAGAUAUCGAUGUCAUACAGGCUUCUACAUGGUGGGUUCUACAAGUGGUGUUGUUACUACACGAUGUUUGUCCGACACAAGGUGGUCUCAUGAUAAACCCACUUGUUUGCCCCGUACAUGUCCUGAUCCAGGCAGUCCAACAUUUGGCGGCUUCUCUGUUCAAAUGGAAAUACAGCGUGCCAGUCUGACACCCUACCUGUACAACGACACUGUCACAUGGACAUGUGAUAUCGGCUAUUCUACUACUCAACCUACUACUGCUGUGUGUCAGGCUAGUGGAGGAUGGAGUAACAACCACCCAGACUGCAAACCCCGGACAUGUCCUGAUCCAGUCAGUCCUACAUUUGGCGGCUUCUCUGUUCAAAAGGGAAUACGGCGUGCCAGUCUGACACCCUACCUGUACAACGACACUGUCACAUGGACAUGUGAUAUCGGCUAUUCUACUACUCAACCUACUACUGCUGUGUGUCAGGCUAAUCAAACAUGGAGUAACAACCGCCCAGGCUGCCAAAGAAUAACAUGUGGAAAUCCUGGUCGACCUGAAAAUGGCCAGGCUACAACUAACGGAAUUGAUUAUGGAAAGAUGAGAAGAUACACCUGUAACACAGGUUUUAAGAUGCAGAACAUAGCAAGUGGUGUACUCACAGUGACAUGUACAGGAACUGGACAAUGGUCUCAACCCAAACCUACCUGUCUACCCCGCCAAUGUCCCAUUCCAGGAACACCAACAUCUGGACAGUAUUAUGUAGAACGGCUAGGACAGAGUCUCUGGAAAGGUCCUUUCCAAUAUGCUGACAUUGUUAGAUGGGUGUGUGAUACAGGAUUCACAGGGAAUACCAAUGCUGUAUGUCGAGCAGAUAGUACAUGGAGCAAGAACACACCAACCUGCACACGUAUAAGUUGUCAAGACCAAGGGCAGCUUGUCAAUGGAGAUAGCACAUCGACAGGCCAACAAUUUGGUAGUACAGUAACAUACCGAUGUCAUACAGGCUUCUACAUGCUGGGUUCUAGAAGUGGUGUUGCUACUGCACAAUGCAUGGCCAACAAAAGGUGGUCUCAUAAUAAACCCACUUGUUUAUCCCGGACAUGUCCUGAUCCAGUCAGUCCUACAUUUGGCGGCUUCUCUGUUCAAAAGGGAAUACGGCGUGCCAGUCUGACACCCUACCUGUACAACGACACUGUCACAUGGACAUGUGAUAUCGGCUAUUCUACUACUCAACCUACUACUGCUGUGUGUCAGGCUAAUCAAACAUGGAGUAACAACCGCCCAGGCUGCCAAAGGAUAACAUGUGGAGAUCCUGGUCAACUUGCCAAUGGCCAGGUUACAUCUAACGGAUUUGAUUAUGGAAAGAUUACAAGAUACACGUGCAACACAGGUUUUAAGAUGCAGAACAUACCAAGUGGCGUACUCAAAGUGACAUGUACAGGAACUGGACAAUGGUCUCAAGGCAAGCCUACCUGUCUACCAAUCAACGACUACUGUGAGAUUACGCAGAUCCAUGCACCACUCUAUGGCCGCAUAGAAGCAAACUCCACCCAGCUGAAUGACAUGGCAUACUUCCAAUGUGUGGACGGGUAUGAUAUGAAUGUCACGGCCAAGCCUGUGAAAUGCAUAGUGUUGAAUCAAACCCAUGGUCAAUGGUCAGACUACACCACUCCAGAGUGCUUUCUUCCGGCAUCGAUCGCCAUUCCACAACAGGAUGUUACUGCAACUAUCUCCACCCAUGUUACUCUAAGAUGCCAGGUUGUCGGCACGAAUAUCACCCUCUCAUGGCAGAGAACCGAGAGUAGUGAGCACUCGUGGGACGAGUUAGGCUACCAAAUCACCAACAAGAGUAAUAUACAUCACAAUAUGACAGAUUCUCAGCUGGAAAUCAGCAGUGUCCGCAGAGCUGAUGGAGGUACAUACACCUGCAGUGCUUGGAAUCCCAUUAGCAGAGCACAAAAGAGCAUCACACUCAUUGUUCAAGCCCGGACAUGUCCUGAUCCAGGCAGUCCAACAUCUGGUAGCUCCUCUGUUCGAAUGGGAAUACAGCGUGCCAGUCUGACACACUACCUGUACAACGACACUGUCACAUGGACAUGUGAUAUCGGCUAUUCUACUACUGAACCUACUACUGCUGUGUGUCAGGCUAGUGGAGGAUGGAGUAACAACCAUCCAGACUGCAAACGUAUAAGUUGUCAAGACCAAGGGCAGCUUGCCAAUGGAUAUAGCACAUCGACAGGCCAACAAUUUGGUAGUACAGUUACAUAUCAAUGUCAUACAGGCUUCUACUUGCUGGGUUCUACAAGUGGUGUUGUUACUGCACGUUGCAUGUCCAACAAAAGGUGGUCUCAUGAUAAACCCACUUGUUUACCCAGGGCAUGUCAUAAUCCAGGCAGACCUACAUUUGGUGACUUCUCUGUUCAAAUGGGAAUACAGCGUGCCCAUCUGACACCCUACCUGUACAACGACACUGUCACAUGGACAUGUGAUAUCGGCUAUGCUACUACUGAACCUACUACUGCUGUGUGUCAGGCUAAUCAAACAUGGAGUAACAACCGCCCAGGCUGCCAAAGUAUAACAACUAUUCGUCCUCCAUCUACAAGGCAGAUAUCCCCUCAGUUUACGAAGGAACGGAAUACGCGCGCUGAAUCUACCCCAACGACUGUUCAACUCCCUACAACCUCCUCUCACUUCGAUGAGUCUGAAGAGUACUCUUCGGGACUAGGUCAGUCACCUAUAAUUGGGAUUUCCGCGUCUGUUGGAACUGUGCUGGUUAUAUCUGCUAUAUUCUGUUCAGUGUGGUGGACAUCCAGAAUGUACACCAAACGGUCUUGUUCCGGUGUAAGCUCAGAUAAAGAGCAUCAAUGCAGCAGCAAGGCGGGAGAAGGAGAUGGCAUAUACGAAACAGUGAUUGGCGAGCGGCUUGAUCAGACAGAUGUACCAAUGACUGUAGAGCAAUCAAAAGAGGCUGCCGAUCCUAUGUACGAGAGCCCAGCUAACAUGAGUACUACGAAGAUUUCCUGUGUACACACCUCGAAUGAUGCCUACGCAACCACAUCGGACAUGCUCUAAUUUCCUGGGGCGAGUCUAAUCAAUGAGAAUUCUACUGUCAUGGCAGUAGUGCUUACGUGUCGCAUGUGGAUCUGUUCUAUUGGCUUUCCUUAUCUGGCAGAACUCCACGACUGCCAACUCCAAGCACAACACAAUGUGGCAGAUUUUAGACAGUGUGGCAGAUGCGAGUUGGUGUAGCGCUACCGACCCCCCCCCCCCCCGCCCCAAAUGAAAAAGCUGAGCUACGCAUUUUCAGCCUCUACGUUAUGCUCUCACCAGGUCACGAGCUAGUUAAACACCAGGAAUUACAGCGAGGACAAAUAUUCACGUUCUCUUCCGUAUCAUAAUGACUUGUACCUCGCAUUCUAUGUAUAUUAAUUGUCUCGGAACAUAUUGUAUCCUUGCAUGCAUUUCUUGCCAUUAGUAUGAUCCUUUCGUUCACUGCCAUGGAAUGGUUUCUCACUUGAGCAGCCAAUAAUCUAGGCAAUAACCCAUUCAUAAUGGAUGGCCACUUACCUUUCAGCUUUACCGAAUAGGAAUUGUGCAUAACCUAAUCUUUUCAGAAUACACUGACCGUGCUAUGUUAUGUACUAUAAUAUGGAUAUGAGCACCACAAAGUGUUUGCUUCACUUGUUUCAUAAUUCAUUUGUCAUUCUAUCACUAAAUCACUUCCAGCAACGGUAUCCUUCGCGUUCACAUUCGCCUCUUUUACUUUCCACAUGAUUUACAAGAAAUCGCUGAGCUGUGCCGAUCCUGUUGUCGAUCAUAUAAAACAGCAAUCAUGCGGGAUG